AUGCCAUCAGUUCAACCUGCAGCUCCAGCAACACAAUCUGUAAACUUGGCCGCAGAGGUAGCAAGGUUGAGAGAACAAUUGAGGCUGAGAGAUAAGGCAUUGGCACAUGCUAGAAAACAAGCCCCACCAACCUUUGAAGGGAAAAUUGAUCCAAUAGUGGCAGAAGAUUGGUUAAGAUCGGUCGAGGCCAUCUUCGAUCAUAUGGAGUUGAAUGAUCGCCAGAGAGUCUCCUGUGCAGUUUAUUUACUCAAGAUGGAUGCACGGAUAUGGUGGCAUACUUUUAGCAAGAAGUACUAUAGUGCGGCCUUGCUUGCAACCAAUGUAGAUGAGUUUGUAACCCUGGUACAAGGAAACCUAUUUGUCACUAAUUAUGCACAAAAGUUCAAUAGGUUGGAAAAAUUUGCUCCUGAAGUUGUGCCAACUGAAACUCUGCGAGCCCAAAGGUUCAUAAGGGGACUCAAGCCAAUGAUCACUAGGGAUGUUAUGAUGACCAGUGUUGAAUUGGUCAGUUAUGCAGAAGUACUUGAUAGAGAACUUGAAGCUGAAUAUUUGGAAGAUCGGAUAUGGAAGGAUAAUGCUGCCAGAAGGGAGAACUAUUGA